UCACAGCAUGCACGUCUUGUCGUGAUGCACCACCACACCGCCACCACCACCAGCCCGCACCCUCGCACCCCUCUCCCUCUCCCGCCCCUUGCCGCGCACCUUCUUCACACGCUCCCUCUCCCUGUUCCGCCCAGCACCAGCAAUAUGGUGGUGCUUGGCGUGUUGCCGACAGGCUGCGGGAGGUAUGUUAGCGUUGGCUCGGAAGAGCGCCAGGCCCAUCUCGAUGUCGUCGUCGCUCUCGCACUCGCUGCUGUCCUCCUCGUGGAUGAAGGUGCACGUGGGGAUCGGCACGGGGGGAGGCGGAGGAGGGCUGCUGCGGUCACACGACACACAACACAACACAACACAGCACAACACAACACAAGACAGCACACCACACCAAAUGGGUUCCUCUGCGGAGGAUGGAUACGUGUGUGUGUGGAUGUGGGUUGAUUUAAUGUGGUUACAAGUGGGUGUGAGCGCGUUUCUUGGCUCGUUCUCGCGAGGACUUGUAGUUGGCCGCUGUGUUGAAAUCGCCCAGGCACACCAAACGCAUUGAACCAUGACCUGAACACACCACAGACAGACACACGGACGGACAACCGUCGCACACAUACAACCUGUGCCAACCAAUGCGUGUAACCGACACCAAAGCCCACCACCCACCUAGUGACGGUGCGGUCUUGACGGCAGCCGCCGAUGUGCCCCUCGGCAAUAGUGAGGGGCCGACUCGGCCACUGAUUGAGGGCGAGGCAUCGAUGGCCUCGCCAGGACGCACAAACAGAAAGUUUCCGCAAUGGACGCAAUACGCUGACAACCACACACGCACACACGCAGACAGACCGACAGACAGAGAGGAAAGGCACAAACAUUCAUCGUGGGGGGUGUGGCCGUGUUUGUUCUCUGUUCUCCUUGUUUCGCUGCCCACUCACUGGUCUUGCCGUUCUUGCCACUGCACUGCCAGCAUAUGACGGCAUCGCAACUAGCCCGGUCCGCCUGAGUCACUUCCCUCUGGGGCUCCAUUUAUCGGUCACUCACACGCAGAUCAGCUCAAAAGGCUUCCUUUAGCCACCACACCUCACAGAAGGGAUGAAAUACACACUCAGACAGUUGGCUUCCUUGCUCGCCCCGCCCUCCCCGCCCCUGAUCAGCUCGCGAGCGGCCGCAGGGAGGCAAAGAGAAGCACCGGUUCAAAAGCUGCGGUGUCCUGCCGCCAAUUGGGUCAGUGACUGCUUUGGCUGACAGGCCGCUGUCUCUUGCGCCAGAUGAGAGGCCUCCCUUAGGACAAAGACAGCCAAACCGGCGAGAGGCACCGGGAGGCAGGGAGCGGACAGCCGUGUGUCGUUGAACUGGCCUUUGAGCGGUGGAGGAGAGGGAGUCGGCCACACCGCUGGCCAGAUGUCGGAUGGGUGACCGGACUGAUUGCUGCCCUUUCACUGGCGCAAGCUCCGGAUCUUCAAAGGGGACGUACAAGGGGGCGGAGCGAUGAGGACGGACAAGCGGGAGAGGCUGCAAACACUGACAGACACUCCCCUGCCUCUACGCACCUGCUUCCCCGCUUCAGUUGCC